UUGCCCAGUGGACUAACGCAUUCAUUCUUCGUUCAGUUCCGGUCACUAGCGGUCACGUCAGCCGGGUGUAUCUUCGUGGCGUUCGAACGUUUCGCUUGAUCGUGCACAAGUUGCUUUGCAUAUCAUACCUCUCUGUAGUGCAGUGAAGUGGGCUACGUGAUUUUUUUGCCGUUAGUAGAAGCAUAAAUUAGGCAACCCUGCAACGAAAUGGCGUCGAAAAUUAAGGCCGGCCCAGUGGUGGACAUUCUUGGUGAUGAGAUGACGCGCAUCAUCUGGGACUCGAUCAAGGAGAAGCUGAUCCUACCCUUCCUGGACAUCGAGCUGCACACGUACGAUCUGGGAAUGGAACAUCGGGAUGCCACGAACGAUCAGGUGACGAUCGACUGUGCGGAAGCGGUCAAGCGCUUCAAUGUCGGGAUCAAGUGCGCCACCAUCACGCCGGAUGAAGCGCGCGUAGAAGAGUUCAAGCUGAAGCAGAUGUGGCGCUCACCGAACGGUACGAUCCGUAACAUUCUCGGUGGUACCGUGUUCCGUGAGGCGAUCAUUUGCAAGAACGUGCCACGGUUGGUGCCUGGCUGGGAGAAGCCCAUCAUUAUCGGACGCCACGCGCACGGUGAUCAGUACAAAGCCACAGACUUUCUGGUGCCCGGUCCUGGAAAGCUGGAGAUGAAGUUUACCCCUGCCGAUGGUAGCGAACCGCAGACGUACGUUGUGAACGAGUACAAGAGCCCGGGUGUGGCAAUGGGCAUGUACAAUCUGGAUGAUUCGAUUCGCGACUUCGCCCAUUCGUCGUUCAAGGUUGCGGUGGACCGCAAGUUCCCGCUGUACCUGAGCACCAAGAACACGAUUCUGAAGAAGUACGAUGGGCGGUUCAAGGACAUUUUCCAGGAGAUUUACGACAAGGAUUAUAAGAAGCAGUUCGAGGCCCUCGGCAUCUGGUACGAGCAUCGCCUGAUCGACGAUAUGGUUGCGUAUUGCAUGAAGGCCGAGGGUGGCUUUGUGUGGGCCUGCAAAAACUACGACGGCGAUGUCCAGUCGGACACGGUUGCCCAGGGUUUCGGUUCGCUCGGUCUAAUGACAUCGGUGCUGGUGUGCCCCGAUGGACGCACGGUAGAAUCGGAAGCUGCUCACGGUACCGUCACGCGGCACUACCGUCAACAUCAGCAAGGCAAGGAAACUUCCACCAAUCCCAUUGCGUCGAUUUUUGCUUGGACGCGCGGUCUGCUACACCGUGCCAAGCUAGAUGAUAAUGCCGAGCUGAAGCGAUUCGCUGAAACACUCGAAAAGGUGUGCAUCGACACGAUCGAGUCAGGCUUCAUGACCAAAGAUUUGGCCAUUUGCAUUAAGGGCAUGGCCAAUGUGAAGCGCUCGGAUUACAUGGAAACGUUCGAGUUUAUGAGUAAGCUUGGUGAUAAUCUGCAGGCGGCCCUCACUCAGAGCCGGCUGUAGAGCGGUCGGAAGGACGGACAGUUGGUGCAAUCUUUCGGGGUGGCAGGUAUGGAAUGCCACCGGUAGCAUUUACCCACACACAACGCAGCGUUUUUUGGUGCAUUAAUUCAUCCUGUCUUAUUAAUGUGUAUUCGUGUUUAAGCAAAAGAAGAGGUGUUUUUCGCUGGUAUGAGAAAUAAAUAAACCAUUUUUGGGACAUUUAUAAGUAA